AUAGAUUUUGUUCUUAUCUGGGCCGAACCCAAGUGAGUCCGAGUGAGAAUGAACGGGAAGGGGUUUGUGGUUUGUAUCCAUGCGCGCGAGACUCUGGCUGCAUAGCAAGUUAGCAACUAACUAGCAAGGUCUCGUGGACAAGUCUGUGGGAAGUGGGAACACAUCAUAGCGAUUAGCGAGUAGUACUAGUAUCCUCAACCUCAAUCCUGGUCUCUCUGGGUCGGGGGAACACCGCAUCCCCUCAUUCUUCUUAUCUUGUUCCAGCAGCCACCCCCCUUAACUCUUUAUAGUUUAUACCCCUCUUUUUUUCAUUCUUCUCUCUCUCUCUCUCUCUCUCUCUCUCUCUCUCUCUGUGUCUGUGUCUAUCGCCCCCAACCCUCGCCAUUAAUCUCACCUCUCGAGCUCACGCCAGUGCGAAGCUUCUCCUUUCCUUGCUCCCAUUCUUGCUUCAGAUCCUAAGACCUUGAGCUUUACUUCUCUUGGAGCUCUGUUAUCAGGAGAUCCAGCUCGUUUCUCAAGGGAUCUCGAGGUUUUUUGGGUUUAUUGGAGUUGGGUCUGGAAAAUGUGAAGGUUGAGAAAGGGGAUCAUGGCCGGAAAUGGAGGCGGGAGCAGCAGCAGGGGCGGUGGUGCGUCGAUUAACGAGGCAGCGACGGCAGUCGGCUCUGGUGAAACCAGAGUCCCUCCAGUCGAGCGGCGCACAAGAUGGAGAGGGUGCUUUGGUGGGUUGUCCUGCUUUGGGUCCCAGAAAGGAGGGAAACGUAUUGUGCCUGCAUCCCGAAUUCCAGAAGGGACUGCAUCAGUAAAUCGUGGAAAUGGGGCUCAAUCUGCUGGGAUCUCCAAUCAAAAUACCACUCUGACUCCAUCCCUUCUGGCGCCACCAUCCUCACCAGCAUCUUUUACCAAUUCUGCUCUUCCAUCGACUGUUCAAUCUCCUAGUUGUUUCUUGUCUAUGUCAGCAAACUCGCCUGGAGGACCAUCCUCCACCAUGUUUGCAACAGGACCUUAUGCUCAUGAAACCCAACUGGUAUCACCUCCUGUUUUUUCAACUUAUACGACAGAACCAUCUACUGCUCCGCUUACCCCUCCGCCCGAGCUUGCUCAUCUGACAACUCCUUCAUCACCAGAUGUGCCUUAUGCUCGAUUUCUUUCAUCUUCUAUGGAUCUCAAAGGUUCUGGUAAAGUGAAUGGAGUGCCUUAUAUGUCAUCCAGUUAUGCGGCUGGUGGUGAUCUUCAAGCUACAUAUCCACUCUAUCCUGGGAGCCCAUCCAGCAGCCUCAUUUCUCCUGCGUCUGGAACUCCAAGGACUGGGGUUUCUUCACCAUUUCCUGAGCAGGAAAUUUCCACUCAAUGGGGUUCUUCCUUUUCUGGUCGGACAUCUCCUUACUCCAGAAAUAGCUCAUCUAAGCUCUUUGGAAUCAAUUCCGGUACUUCCAGGAAUUUUAUGCUGUCUCCUGACUCCAGCUUUUUCUGCCCUGCCACAUCUGCUCAGUUUUAUUUGGAUCAGGCACAGCAAUCAUUGCCUCCCUAUACUCAUUGUGGGGGAAGACUGAGUGUUUCAAAGGAGGCAGACAUGUACUCUAGUGGUGGAAACAGGCACAAUAAAACUUGCAAACAGGAUGUGGAGGAGAUUGAAGCUUACAGAGCUUCAUUUGGGUUCAGUGCGGAUGAAAUCAUCACUACACAGAACUAUGUUGAGAUAACUGAUGUGCUUGAUGAUUCCUUUACUAUGUCUCCAUUUCCUAACACCAAGUCUUCUCCUGAGCACUGCCCGGUAACAGUGUUUGCAUCUGGACAUCAAAAGAUGGGGUCAUCUCCAUCUGUAAUGCUGGAUCCAGAAAGCCCGAAGAUGGCGUAUAUUGUCAAUGGUGAUUCCGAAGCCAUGGGUCCUUGCAAUCCGUUUGCAGGUUCCAAACCAGAUGGCAAGUCUGACACCAUACCUCUGCUGGGAGAUGGUGGAGAAUCAAUAUCAAUGGCUAAUGGUGUAGAUGAGAUGACUCUCAAUAUACCAGCCACUCUGGUCAACAAGAGAAUACGGAUAGGAGAAUCGUGUUCGGAUGCAGAAAUUGAUUACAGACGAGUUAGAAGUUUGAAAGAAGCUAACCGCAUUUUGGCCUGGCAGAGCUCAUUACCAUAAGCUGCAUGCUUGUCAGAGUAAUAUGCAGGAUUAACUUAAAUCUGCUGUUGUUGUAGUUCUUUAAGAAUCUGUUUAGGUGAUAUUUGGAAGGAUGGUUUCUGUUGGUUGUUGUCACUGGAUUUCUAUUACCGUUAGUUUUGUGGAUAUGAUGUGGUGGAUCAUGUUACUUCUACUUUACUUUGUUACUGUAGUACCCCCCUGUACACUUGCUCCUGAUUUCACCAUCUGCAAAAUUUCCUUCCUGAGGUCCAUUUA